AUGUCUGUCUCACGUACACCACCAAAGACCGAUGCUAGGCCUACAUCUCCUUCUCAUUUCGGAUCUGACCCUGCGCUUUAUACGCCCGAAAGUAGACAGCUCCUAGAUUCGAAUAUUAUGAAACGAACUAAACGACGCUUCAAUGAUCCCUCCAACACUGCGGAUAUAACACUAUCCGACAUUCUUGUAAGGGUAGAAGAAAUAAAAAAGCAGCAAGACUCGAAAUUUACCUCCUUGGAAUCAUCUAUGAAGGAAUUAACGAAUCAAAACAUCGAUAUAAAAAAAUCGAUGAUGUUGCUGUCCGAAAAAUAUGAUGAAGUUCUGGGUAACCUGAAGUCUUUACAAAAAGAAAAUGGCUCUUUAAAGAGCCAUAAUAAAACUCUUGAGACAAAAGUAGAACAAUUUGAAAAAAACAUGCGGACCUCUAUGAUUGAGAUAAGAAAUGUUCCCGUCACUGAACCUGAGAACAAAGAACACUUGGUCGAGAUUGCAAAAAGGAUUGGAACUGUUAUUAGCGUGCCAAUCUUGGACUCGGAUAUCCGAGAUGCAUUUCGCAUUAAGCGGAAAGACAAACCAUCUGGUAUAAUUGUGGUGGGCUUCACAUCGACCCUAAAAAGAGAAAAGUUUUUGCGUGCUACUGUCACUUACAAUAAUUCAAACAGUGAUCAACGACUGAGUACCAAUAAGUUGGCCAUCGCUGGACCUGAUAAACCAAUAUAUGUGGCUGAAUCACUUACUGCUUCCGUUAGACGACUACACUACCAAACAAGGUUAUUCGCAAAAAGACACAGCUUCGACCACUGCUGGAUAUCAUAUGGGAAAGUGUUUUUGAAACGUAAAGGCGAUCAGCAUCGACUACGUAUAAACUCCGAGGAAGAUCUUAGAAACUUAGAGAAAACCAUUUGA